CUAAAAUGUUAAAUUGUCCUUUUAAUGAUAAAACUGAGUGAGUGUGAGGAGGAAGAGAAUGGCUGCAGGAGGAACUCAAUGUUGAAAACACUUCAUUUAAAUUAUUCUGAGUUAUCCCGGAGUGUGAGGGAGUUAUUGGGAUUAGAAAGAGGAGGAGCAGGGAGGAGGAAGAGGAGGCGCUGCAGAUGGAGGAAGAGGAGGCGUCCUGUCUGCCUGUGUCCAGAGGAGAGGAGCGGCCGCCAUGUUAACCAAGAAGCCCGGAACCUCGAUCCUCCCGACGGGCAAAGUGGGCGAGCCGGUCUACUCUCCUGGUCACAGUGGCUCUCAGACAACGUCGCCUGUCGCCUUGCCGCGGCUCCGCAACAACAACCAUAACCCCCUGACGGGAGGCUCUAAAGCCGCCAUGUCGGACGCCGUCCAGCUAUCGUCGCAGUCGCAGGUCCACGUCACCCAGCUGUACGAGGAGAACACCAACAAGCGUCCGGUCCUGACCUCCCAGCCCAAUGGCCUGGCUCCGCUCAGCUCCACCCGACCGGGCCUGCCGCUGCCGGACCGCCAGACCUUGGCCUCAGAGCCCGCCCUCCACUGCCGACAGGGCAGCACCGCCUCCAACAAGUCGACGGACGGCAAGCCAAAGCCCGCCUCCUUGUCCCCGGAGCUGGCCAUGAAGCAGUUCAUGUCCAAAAUGUCAUCGUUCGAACACCACGAGGUGUUCAGCUACCCCGAGGUGUAUUUUGUUGGUCCGAAUGCUAAGAAGAGAUCAGGGGUCAUGGGCGGAGCCAACAACGGCGGCUACGACGAUGAUCAGGGAUCCUACAUCCACGUUCCACACGACCACAUCUCCUACCGCUACGAAGUCCUGAAAGUCAUCGGCAAGGGCAGCUUUGGACAGGUGGUGAAGGCCUUUGACCACAAGUCGCAGACCCAUGUGGCUCUGAAGAUGGUCCGCAAUGAGAAGCGCUUCCACCGGCAGGCAGCGGAGGAGAUCCGCAUCCUGGAGCACCUGAGGAAGCAGGACAAGGACUCGAGCAUGAACGUCAUCCACAUGCUGGAGAACUUCACCUUCCGAAACCACAUCUGCAUGACCUUCGAGCUGCUCAGCAUGAACCUGUACGAGCUCAUCAAGAAGAACAAGUUCCAGGGCUUCAGCCUCCCGCUGGUCAGGAAGUUCGCCCACUCCAUCCUGCAGUGUCUGGACUCGCUGCACAAGAACCGCAUCAUCCACUGCGACCUCAAGCCAGAGAACAUUUUACUCAAGCAGCAGGGGCGCAGCGGCAUCAAGGUCAUAGAUUUUGGUUCUAGCUGUUAUGAACAUCAGAGAGUUUACACCUACAUCCAGUCCAGGUUCUACCGAGCGCCAGAAGUCAUUCUAGGCUCCAGGUAUGGGAUGCCUAUCGACAUGUGGUCUCUGGGCUGUAUCCUGGCUGAGCUGCUGACUGGUUACCCGCUGUUGCCGGGUGAAGAUGAAGCCGACCAGCUGGCCUGCAUCAUCGAACUACUGGGCAUGCCCAACCAGAAGCUCCUCGACGCCUCCAAGAGAGCCAAGAACUUUGUGUCGUCCAAAGGCUACCCGCGGUACUGCACUGUCACCACGCUGCCCGACGGCACCACUGUGCUGAAUGGCGGCCGCUCACGACGAGGGAAGGUACGCGGCCCGCCGGGCAGCAAGGACUGGAGCGCAGCGCUGAAGGGCUGCGACGACCCGCUGUUCCUGGACUUCCUCAAACAGUGUCUGGAGUGGGACCCGGCACUCAGGAUGAUGCCCAGCCAGGCGCUGCGCCACCCGUGGCUGAGGAGGCGACUUCCCAAGCCACCAACAGGAACCACCACGGGGGAAAAGACCUCCUCCUCCAAACGGGGCACCUCCACCACCGACGGCGCCAUCACCUCUAUCUCCAAGCUCGCCACCACCUCCUCAACAACCACCUCCUCCUCCUCCAAAACCAGGACUAACUUGGCAGCGAUCACUGAUGCCAACGGAAACAUCCAGCCUAGGACGGUUCUGCCCAAGCUGGUCAGCUGAAAGUGAAUGCACUCCGCUCGCUGUGGUGGGAGUUGUUAGCUGUGCUCAUGAGCAACCGUGAGCUACCAGCUGGGACUGAAUAAAACAGGCUUGUCCAGUUUUGAAGAGCAUUUGUUUUUUUCACGCUGGUUUUCACAGCGUUGUUGGAGUGCGUUCAGGACAAAUGGAAACUUAGCGCUGGGGUGUUAAAAUGUGCAGAAUGGCCAGGCUGGGAUGUAAGCUGAGCUGAAGGAAACUUUAUUGAUAUAUUGGGGUGUGUUCAGACUCCUCAGAUUCUCAGUCGGAGAAGACAGUAGUUGUCUUACGUUGUGAGCAGCGAGACAGGAAGUGACCACAUAUGUUUAAAGUGAUUGUGGGGCUGCUCAGACAAUCAAAACACACCACACCACUCUGUAGCUCCACACAAACAUGUCAAAAAACAUGGUGCUGAUGGAGGGAACAAGGCUUUUUUAUGUUUUUAGCAAAGAAUCUAUUUAGCUGAGCUGAUAGUCGAUUAAUCGAUUAGACACCAAAAACAACUUUUUAUGACCUUAGUCUUACAAGGUUAUAUCUACAGACAAUUGUAGAAUAAUGGCUCAUGUAUAUGUUCAUGUGGUUUACUGACGAAAACGUCAGAUAUAUCCUUAUAAUACUAAGGUAACAGCUGCAAAAAAGCAAUGAUUAGCUUGCUAAUCUUUGUUUCAUAUCACCAUGAAAUAACACUUUUUUUAUGUUUCAGUUUGGGGAACAUUGGUGGGCAUUUGUCAUUACUUUUGACUUAAAUUACUACACAAUUAAUUAAAACAAAAUCCUAGCAACCCUAACUGAACCAUCUACCUGUUAGCUGGCUAACUUUCUUAGCUAGCUUUUGUUUUACAGUGUGUAGCUAGCCUGUGUUACCAUGCCAGCUUUGUGCCUGUCAGCUGGCUAACUGUUAACUGGCUAAUGACCACUGGUUAGUUGUUAGACAGCUAUUUGUUUGUGUUUAGCUGUCACUUUGCUACCUAUUUACCUUUUAACUGGCUAGCAGUUAGCCUAGCAAACUUCAGCUAGCUAUAGCUGGCUCACUAUUUGCCUUUUUUGGCAGUCUGGUGGCUAGCCUUAGCCUUUUUUAGCCAUAGCCUGUUAGCUCUCCACUGCCCAGCCUUACGAAGUACAGAUUUAGAGUUUUAAAGUGUUAUAAGUUUUCUGAAAGUUAGCAAAAAGAGAAGAGAAGUAUGUUUGUGUUAACUCACAACAUUUUGUUACCUAUUUAAUUAAGCAAAUCUGAUUAUUAAGGACACAAAAUGACUGAAGGAGCUGUGAAGAUAGAGAAGAAGGUAGAUUAAAUGCAGUGUUAUGGACAAGUUAUAAAUCAUGUUAAAAUAAAAGGGCUCUGAUUAAAAAAAAAAAAAAAAAAAGGAAUGUUAGUAACCAAAGUCUUUCCUAUUUGAAAGGAGAAAAAUAUAACAGUGGCAGUAUGACCUGAAACAGCAGGCUAGCAUUUAAUUAGCUAAACCAAGUGAAGCUUUCUGAUCAGGGAACUUUUGUUAAAAGCUGAUAUACAAUUAACUUAUAUUUGGCCAGAUAUGGGACAAAUUAUUGCCUGGGUAAAAUAACAAUAUGCUAGAUGUCUGUGUCAUUGAUACACUACUUCUGAUCGUUCAGGACCAUUUUAAAUUAUAUUUAGGGGUAGACAUUUUAAAUGAUUACUUUCAUCAAUUAAUGUUUAUUGAAAAGAAAAGAAAAAUCAAUAAUUCAGCAUGGCAAAUUAAUUUUUAGCAUGCUAAUAAAAUUCGAGGCUUCAGGAAAAGACUUUCAGACAUCACAUGACGCCAAAAAUAUCUUCCAUAAUGUCACAGCACAGAGCAGCGGCAUAGUAUAGAGAACUGACUCGUCUUUUCCUUCUGGCUGUUUGGAAAACACAGCGGCUCUAAGGAUUUUACAGCUUUAAAUAAUCAAUUGAAAUAAUCUAUAUGGAGCCAUGGUGAACAAUAGACGUUUUAUGACAGUUCUCAAACUUUUAUGUAACUUGAGCUCAGCAGCAGCAGCAGUGCUGAUGCAGCUGCAAUAGCCUGACGGUACCUUACAUAUAGGCCCAUAUAGACAUAUAUCCUUCUGGGUGGAUUUUGUCUCACGUGUAGGUGGGAACAAUAAAAGAUUUAAAUUUCUACACCAAUUGAACACAUCAUGAAGUCUUGGCUCCAAGUAAGGGUGAAGAUUAAGACAAGAAAUUACAGUGGAUUUGGAACAAAGGCCUUGUGAGCAGCAUAUUCACAGAGAGGUAGCCAACUCUGUAGCUAACGUGAUGUUAGCAUGUGACUGAUAGUGACGGUGUUGGAUGGGAGAGAGCUCCGGUUUUAAUUCAGGGUUUCUUUCGAAGUAAUAAACACUUCUGAGAGAAUUUAGACACUAAACAUAUCCACUAAAACGCAUACAAAUAAUAUCAUUAAAAAGGGCUCCAGUCACAUCAGUAUGUGUUGCAGUCAUUUGGUGCUUAAAUGUUUUUUUAAUGUUUUUUGAGCUGGUUAGCAGGUUGUUGCAGUGGCUCAGUAGCAGGUUUCCAUCCAAAUAUAGCGUCAAUUUUAACCAAAUUUACAGGAAAUCGGAAAAAUAAAAUGCGAAUUAAUGCACGUUUCCAUCCACUACCUUUAUGGCAAUAUUAGUUGGAUGCAUCGAGAUAAACAGUUGGUGGUGCUAAUUCUCCAGUCAGGUGUCAUUAAACCACUGCAGAAAAAGAGGACACAACAAGAUGACUUAAUUAAAAGAGUUCGGAUAAAACUUUAAAGAAUGUAAACGAGGUGGUUGCCUCCCACAGUUCAAAGACAUGCAGGUUAGGUGAAUUUGGAAGUCUAAAUUGCCCGAAGGAGUGCAUAUCAGCUUGAAUAUGUUUAUCAGAGUGUUUACAUGCACUUAAGUAGUCAGGUUAAUGCUGGCUUUCCGCAAUAACCAGCAUGUUUACACGAAACUCUGAGGCCGUGGUAGGGGAUUAGAGAAACUUGAUUUCCUUCGCUAGAUUUCACCUGGAGAAAGCUAAUUUAUUGUCCAUUUAUACAUGUAACUGAUUGGUUUCAAAUCCUCCUUUUAUAUGUACACGUGUAUGGCAACAAAUUAAGACAGUAUUACGUUGAUUACUAUAUACUGUGAGACGAUACAGAUGUGUCUACCGUAGAGAUUUUACAAGUCAGUGAGCAGCACAGAUGCAAUGUUAGAUUUUUAUGAUUUUUACAUCAAUGUGAGUACCUUGAUUUGUCAGCUAUUUAAUUUACUAGGUUAACCAAAAACAAACUGUCUGGUUAUCACAUCUAUAAAAAGCUUAUUAUUAGAUUUUCCAGAAAAAUAUCACAGUGAUGAUAUUCAAAGUGCUUCAUACGAGGCAGUAAAUUAAAGUUAUAAAAGCAAAUAUAAAAUCUAAUCAAAUGGGGAAACUUUUAGGUAACAAAAGACAUUAACUGGACCAGAAUAAAAUAAGUAGAACGAAUUCCAGUAAUAUCAGAUAAAAUAAAGAGAUGUUUCAAGUAAAAUCGGAAUACGCUUUCCGAUAAAAGUAUGUUUUUAAAAAGAAUUUAAAAGAUGAUACUGACUCACUUCUAGCUGGCUUGUGAUACUCCCUGUAAUCUCAACAUCACAUGAGGGAAUCCCUCCUGGUGUGACUGGGCCCGAAUGCGAUCAAACAAUAUUGAUUUAUACAACAGCGCCUCUUCUAGAGCACCACUUCUACUAGAUUCUAGUACAAAGCGUAUAGAGUAGAAUAUUGCAAAAAAAUAUGAGAUGAAAUGAAACAAAUGGAUCCAAAACAUAAAAAUAACCAAUUACAAUCAUGUGUAGACGAGCAGUAACUCUGUGAUCAGUCAUACUGACUGGUAAUAUAUUGAUCAAAGGUCAGUAUUGAUAAAUGGAUCUAUCAAUGUGAUCUGGGAGGUGUGGGUUGUUUGAAGAUGCUUCUUAUUUAUUUGCUACAGUUUAAUAUUUAUUAAUCUAAUCUACAUAUUUACUAUGAUGUGCAGUUCAUACCGUAUACUUGAAUGUGUGUGUGUUGUAUGUAGCAGUGUGUAUGUGCAAUGUCGACGUUACGAGAGGUUUUCUUAAAGCUUGUUCCCUCACACGAACACACAUAUAUCUAUACACACACACACACAAUUGUAUCCGAACGCACUCUGUGGUUUGGCUCCACCCACAGGAAGUCGAGUCAUACUGGGAUGAGGAUGAAGAGGAGGAGGAGGAGGAGGACGAGGAGGUAGAAGGGCUGUGUGCACCGUCGGCCUGGCAACCGUGAUGUAAUGUAGCACGUGGGAAGUGGACGAUAAUGACGUGAUGCACAGAAGGAACUGAUAAUGUAAAACACACAAGACACUACCUGCUCCGCCCAUCUCAGGGGAAGCUCCACCCCCUCCUGGAACUGGACAGGAAACAGGAAGUAACUAAAGGGGGAGGAGGAGGAAGUGUGUGUGUGGGGUGGGGUGGGGGGGUCCUCUCUGGUGUUUUUGUUGUUUGUUUUCUAACGAUUUGAUUGGUUGGUUGAUUGUGUUUUUUAUUUUUUUUUAUUUUUUUAGUGAGACGAGUGCUGAGAGUCGUAACUUUGUGCCUUCGGUAUCUCAUCGCCAUGCCACGCCCACCCAACCACACACACACACACACACACACACACAUUUACACUGACAAUGUCAUGGCAACAAUUUAUAAUAUAUUUAACAAAAACUCAGUUUUCAGAAAAUAAUUUAGUAUCUUUUGGUGCAACUCACAAUGAUGUCAUAAAGACUCAUAUCAGGUGAGUUUCGGCUGCCAAAGUCUGCAUGCUGAUUGGCUCCUGGUUUGUUUCAGCAAAGCCCAAAGUCACCAUGUGAACCCCAUGACCUCUGACCUCUGUUUCCCAACCCCUGAGAAAAGUGUAACCAUAAUAGAGCCGUAAUAGAGCAGAAAAAACAAAGGAAGUGGAUUUUUUGUUCAUAUGUACUGUAUUUUGGGGUUUUUUUUGCCCUCAACAGAGUCUGUCUGGCUGUCUGAAGGGCUGAAGGUUGCUUCAACUACCCUGAAGGCUCAGAAGAAGCACCCUCAUUAGCAAAUAUUUCUAAAUAAUUACACAAAAGUGUAUAAAAAUUGUAAUUAAUGCUGUUAAUACAAUUUUCUGUUUAAUAUCAAUUUGAACACAAACUAAAAAACUAAACAUUCAAGGAAUUGAUCGCAGAGAAGUAAUUUGAGAAUUGCAUUCAAGACAGUAACAACAAUAAGUAAUGUUAAUCUGAAGGUUGGUUAAGACUGUGCCAACACUUUGUUUCUGUUGAUGGAAUAUGAAUAGACAAGAGGCCAUGGUAUAAGCUGGAUAAUCCAGUUUAGAUCUUGAUCCGGUCUAUAUGCAAAAACAAAUAGAGGCUAGUAGAACUCUCUAUUGCCCCAAAAGGCUGGACACCAGUUGUCUUGAAUGCAGCAUAAAUAGCAGAUGCUAAAGCGAGUGUUUUAUGGAAGCCCAUUCUCGCCAGGAAAAGAAUUUAAGUUAGGAAGGAUUAAAAAUAAAAAUACUCAAGAUAAAUCAAAAUUAUGACAUAUGUCACAAUAAUACAUUAGACAGACAUAUAACAAUUGACUUACUAUCUUACAAUUUUAACUAUCUCAGAAUAUUGUAUCGUAUAAUUUUGAUUUAGUAAGUCCAGAUUCUGACAUGUCAUGAUUUUGACUUAGUAAUUCAUAGUUAUGACUUUUUAUCUAAUCAUUUUUAUAGUUUUUAUAGCUCAUAAGUUUCACAUAGAAAGUCAUGUUACUUUGAUUUUGCAUCUCAUUUAUACUUAGAAAGUCAAAACAUUGACAUACUAUCUCAUAAUUUUCACUUACCAUCAGUAGUUUUUGUUGUUGACACCAAACAAUUUAUCUGGGGUUUUUUGUUUUUUUUUGUCCAGCAGAAGUGGGCUUCCAUAGUGUUUACAGAACCAGCAGAGCAGGCAAACGCACCAACUACAUAUUGUAGCUUUAAACUGAUUAACACUGACAUCUACAAGUGUUUGUGUGUGUGUUGGGGUGUAAGGGUGGGGGGGUAUAACAUGGCUGCACAAUGUACAGACACAUAUCAGCCAACUGUCGCCACUUGUCGCCUCGGGACAGACGGGCAUUGCCUGCUGACGACAUGGCUAAGCUAACACUAGCCGAUCGACCGCUAGCGUCCAGCCGCUAGCUGCUGCACUGAUAUUUUCUCUACAGUGAAGCUAACACUAGCCUACUGCUAACUUGACUGCUAGUAGCACAUAAGUUUGUACCUGCUAGCUAGAGUCGCAUUGAGCUCCUCACAGAGGAGGUCACGCAAGCUGUUAGCAUUAGCGUUAAUGUGGUUUUAAAGCAUUCUUUUUUCAUGUUGGUACCUCAGACUGCUCAGUUAUCAUUAUUAUUAUGAUUAUUACUGUUGUCAUUGUUGUGACUAACACCCAGGGCAUUUGGUUGAAUCUACCAAAGUGCAUUCCUUUACAAAGCUAGCUGAGAGCUAGCUGCUCAAACAGAGAGACAGAUAUGGUAGGUAGAAAGUAGGAGGGCAGAAAGUAGAAAGUAAGUGAAUAGAGAGGCAAUCAGGAGAAGCAGCAGCCGCCUUUCAGACAAUAAGGAGGGAAGGAGAACAUGUGAUGGUGUUUUGUUUUUGUUUUUUAAACAGAUUAUUAUUAGCAGGCUGCAGUCCCACAGGAACAUGAAGUCUGGUUUAACUGACCUCUUGGUAGCAUUCAUAAAAAUAAAUAAUAAUAAAAAAAAACUGCUCAUGUGGAAGCAGCUGUAGCCUAACUAGCCUGCUAGCUCGUUACCAAGCUAGCCAGUUAGCCUACCAGCUCAUUAGCCAUUUAGCUUCUAUGGGGAGGUCUCUGCAGCCAGAAAUUAGCGCUGUAUUUCUGUGACGUUUGCCAGCUGGGUUUUAUUGUGGAUUUUAUCUGUAAAUAAUGUGGAAAAAUGUUUGAAUAAUAAAUUUUUGGGGGGUUGAAUGCGCUGCUGUGCCACGCUGCGGCCACUUUUACAACGUACUGUAUCUACUGUACAGAACACAGAAGUUGACACUUUUUCUAGUGAGCCUUUGUUAAAUUUUAUUGUGGUGGAAAAAAUUAUUAUUAAUAAAACAGUUUUAUUGUUCAA